UGGCCCAUGCCCAAGUUGCAAAUUCGGGUUAGGGUUUCAGUUUGAAGCAACUAAAACGGGAUUAUCUUUCUCUCUCACAUUCACUGUGUCUGUCUCUCGUCUGUGCUGCCUUCGUUUGCCUUUCUCACACUGAAGAAUUAACGCACAUAGCAAGCAUGGCAGUCACAUUCUACGACCUUAGCUCUGCCUCUGGGUUGAAGAAGCUUGAUGAGUACCUUCUCUCACGCAGUUACAUCACUGGGUACCAAGCUUCAAAGGAUGAUCUCACUGUCUAUGCAGCUUUGCCAACUGCUCCAUCAACUGAGUAUGUCAAUGUGUCUAGGUGGUUCAAGCACAUUGAUGCUUUGUUAAGAAUCUCUGGUGUUUCUGGUGAGGGAUCUGGUGUCACUAUUAAGGGAUCUCUUGUUGCUGAGCCUGUUGCAACUCCCCCAGCUGCUGAUACAAAGGCUGCUGCUGCUGAGGAUGACGAUGAUGAUGAUGUGGAUUUGUUUGGUGAAGAGACAGAGGAAGAGAAGAAGGCAGCGGAGGAACGGGCAGCUGCAGUGAAGGCAUCUGGAAAAAAGAAAGAAUCCGGGAAGUCAUCUGUUCUGUUGGAUGUGAAACCAUGGGAUGAUGAAACCGACAUGAAGAAGCUCGAGGAAGCAGUGAGAUCUGUUAGCAUGGAAGGCUUGCUUUGGGGUGCAUCCAAACUUGUUCCUGUUGGGUACGGCAUCAAGAAACUGCAAAUUAUGCUUACUAUCGUGGAUGACCUAGUUUCUGUCGACACUCUUAUUGAGGAACAUCUCACAGUUGAGCCCAUCAAUGAAUAUGUCCAGAGUUGUGACAUUGUUGCCUUCAAUAAAAUUUAAUCAACAAUCAUGGCAGCGAGAGGAAUUGCGCUAUAUAGAAAUUAUGUUUUAGGGAAAGCUCUCAUGUGAGAAUUUUUGUUUUUAGAAGCCUGCUCGUUACUGUUUCUUUUUAUACAUUGGUCUAUUUGUGUGAUGCCGUUGGAUUAUUUGGAGAGUAAUAAUUUUGGGCUUUAAACGUCUGAUGUGUGUUGUGUUCGUUAUUUUCAAAUUGCAGUUGCAGAUGGUCGUGUCUCAAAUUUCAAAACUCUA